AUGACGAUCACAUUAGAUGAUGUUGCUGCUAUUUUGAAGAUCCCAAUAACUGGUAGGCCUAUAUCUAUUCCACAUUUGACAAUUACUGAAGUCUGUUGCACAUUAUUCGUGGAUAAGAGUGAAACGUUGGCUCCAAUCGCUUACUUGGCAUUGUUGGACAACUUAAACCUAACUGGUACGUAUUCAUGGGGAUCUGCUUGCUUGGCAUAUUUGUACAGACAACUAGGUAUAGCGAACAAAAAAGAUACGAAAGAAGUUAGUGGAUACCUGACAUUGCUCGAGGUAUGGAUAUACGAACACUUUCCAUUUAGUAGAUAUAAACACAACUUAGCAUAUACAGACCAAUUACCACGGGCUCACAGUUGGAUACCAGUUCGAGAUGCUGAUAAGUUGCAAUCUAUGUGGGAGCAACUUGAUGAUUUAGCAGUUGAUCAGUGCGGAAAUAUUAUUGAGCCAUACCAUCCAGAGAAGGUCCUCCGACAGUUUGGCCAUGUCUAG